UCGAAAGUGGUCGGUGAUGGGUCGCUUGCAUUUUCUUCGACGUUGGAGCCAUGGUCCUCGCUACCUUGGGCGCGUCCGUGUACGCGGUCUGGUCGGCGGUCGCGUCGCCGUGGCAGCAGCUGGCGGCUCUGCAUCACGUGCGUGGACCCGCGCCUGCGCGCGUCGAGCUCGGGGUUCGGCCGUACUUUCUUCUCGAGGACAUGGCCGAUUCGCCGCUGCGAGCGACACUGCGAGCCUGCGCCGACGGCCCCAUGGACGUGCAUCGGACGCCGUUUGCCAUUGGCCACCGCGGCGCGUGCCUGCAGUUCCCAGAGCACACGCGCGAGUCGUACCUCGCGGCGAUCCGCAUGGGCGCGGGCCGCGUCGAGUGCGACGUGGCGUUCACUCGCGACCAUGGCCUCGUGUGUCGCCAUAGCAUGAACGAUCUGCACACGACGACCAACAUCUUGCUCACGCCGCUCGCCGCCAAGUGCCAUGGCCCGUUCACGCCGCACAACGCCGCAAGCGGCGAGAACGCGACCGCCGAGUGUCGGACGACCGACAUCACCCUCGCCGAGUUCAAGACGCUCCGCGGCAAAAUGGAUGGCUUCAAUCCCAAGGCAACGACGGCCGAAGAGUACGUGGCCGGCACGCCGACGUGGCGCACCGACCUGUACGCAGGUCCGACCAGCGGAACGCUCAUGACGCAUGCCGAGAGCAUCGCGCUCUUUGCCGCCCAUGGCGUGCAGAUGACGCCCGAGCUCAAGGAGCCGAUGGUCGACAUGCCCUUCGACGGCUUUUCGCGCCACGCCUUUGCCGACAAGAUUAUCCAGGAGUACAUCGACGCCGCGAUUCCGCCGUCGCUCGUCUUUCCUCAAGCGUUCGCGUACGACGACAUUGUCUACUGGCUGACCGCGCAUCCGGCGUUCGGCGUCAACGCGGUGUACCUCGAAAACGCCAACUCGGUCGACGAGCUGCCGUCACGCGACCAACUUUUGGGCUACAAGGCGUCCGGUGUCAACAUUGUGGCGCCGCCCAUUUGGGCCCUCUUGGCGACGAGCGAGACUGGCCGCAUCGUGCCGUCCGCGUACGCAGAGCACGCCAAAGCCGCCGGCCUCCGCAUCGUCGCGUGGAGCUUGGACCGCGCCGGCGUCCUCGCCGAGACCCGCGGCGGCUGGUACUACCAGACGAUCCAAAGUGCCAUUUCACGCGAAGGCGACAUGCUCGAGACGCUGCAUGUGCUGACGCAGGACGUCGGCAUCGAGUCGAUCUUUGCCGACUGGGUGGCGACGCCCGUCUUUUACGCCAACUGCGUCGGUCGAGCCUAGCUACCUAAUGCAUCGUACACGGUUCUUGGAUGCUGGA